CUAACGAAGAAAAAUGGCACCGAGAAAACCAAAGGUGGUUUCCGUGACGAGGAAGAAGAAAGUAGUGGAGGAGACAGUCAAAGUUACUGUAACGGAAGGAGAAGAUCCGAAUGUGACCACAGAGAUCACAGAGAACGAUCAAGAGACGCAAGAUCUCACUUUCUCCAUUCCCGUCGGAGAAAACUUUACUACGGUUGAGAUUCCCGUGGAGGUUCCAGAAGAACGGUCACCUCAGCCGCCGGAAACUCCGGCAUCCACGAGUGAAGGUACCGUGAAGAAGAAGGCUAAUAAGGUCGAGGAGAAGAAAAAGAAGAAGAAAAAGAAGAAGAGAGAUGAUUUGGCGGGUGAUGAGUAUAGGAGAUAUGUGUAUAAGGUGUUGAAGCAGGUGCAUCCUGAGUUAGGGAUAACGUCGAAAGCCAUGACGGUGGUGAACAUGUUUAUGGGAGAUAUGUUCGAGAGGAUAUCGCAGGAGGCGGCGAGGUUAGGCGAUUAUACUAAGCGGAGGACCUUGUCGUCAAGGGAGAUCGAAGCAGCGGUUAGGCUGGUUCUGCCUGGUGAGCUUAGCCGCCAUGCCGUCGCUGAAGGCUCAAAAGCUAUUAGUAACUAUGUUGCUUAUGAUAGUAGGAAACGUUAGUGUUUUGAUUCUCUAAUCGUUGUAUCUUUUUCUUGUAAUGUUUUUUCCAUCGUUGACUGUUAGGGGAAGGUUUGACUUGUAGAGUAUGGUUUCUUUAGUAAUGUGAUCAUUUAGUUUUCAUGUUCUCCGUUCUGGAAAA